UAUGUUUGAAUCUUUUGACAAGAAAAGUAGAUAGAAUGGAAUUUUUCGAUUAAGCACUUUCUUAAAGCAUACAAAUAUAAAUUUUAAAUUUCAAUUUUUUAUUUUACAAAAACUAAAUGCAAAAUUCUACUCUGUUUAAUUUAAUCCUUUAAUCAAAGUAAGGUGUCUUCAAUGGAAGGAUCCAGAUUCUUGUGAGUAAUGUCAACAUGUGUGCACUAAAAACAAUUGGACAAUCAUAAUAACAUCACCGUGUACAGGAUCCAAGAGCUUACUGCAAAAUCUAUUAUUAAGACCAGUUUCUUAUAGCACUAUAUAUUUCACCAAAAAUUUACUCAAGAUCCUUUCAAACUGUUUUUUACUCAUCAGGAUCUAGUGAACGGAACACUUGAAUUUAGAGGUCUGGAAAGAGGAAGAAAAGGCUAUGGAGUUCUGGAAACUCUUUAUUGUUGCACUUAUGCCAGUGCUCAAGGUACUUUUGGUUACUGCCGUUGGAGCAUUCAUUGCACUUGAUUGCUUUGAUAUACUCAAGGACAAUGCCAGGAAGCCCUUGAAUUCUAUGGUGUAUUAUGUAUUCACUCCAGCACUUCUUUCCAGCAACCUGGCAAAAACGUUAACAUUAAAGAGCCUGGUUAUACUGUGGUUCAUGCCCAUAAACAUUCUUCUCUCUUUCACCAUUGGGACAGCAUUUGGAUGGUUAAUUAUUAAAAUAACUAGAACUCCUCGUCAUCUGCAAGGCCUUGUGUUGGGGUGCUGUAGUGCAGGAAAUGUGGGAAAUCUGCCUCUAAUCAUAGUUCCAGCUGUCUGUAAAGAAAGCAGUGGUGCUUUUGGAGAUGUGGAAGCCUGUUACAGAAAUGGGAUGGCUUACGUUUCUAUGUCAAUGGCAAUAGGAUCAAUUUACAUUUGGUGCUAUGUGUACAACAUUGUGCGCAUAUACACAUGUGAGAUUUCCAAUAUAAACAGAGUCGAUGAUUCCACAGUAGCUUCAGUAUCUGCAGCAGAAAGGGAUCCUGAAAACCUUUCAGCCUGUUCCACAGGACAAUUGGUCAAUGUAGGGAAGAUUUCACAGGAAAAUGAUCAGAUGGGUCAACUUGAAAUUGAAUGUACAAACAGACAAGCAAAGGUUAUUCAGUGGUCUGAUAUAAUUAAUUGGAACAUGAUUUCUUUAUCUUACACUUUUUUAUUGUGUUGCAGGUACCAAAAAGGAAAAGAUGAUGAAACAGUUGAAAAUGAUAGCCAAAGGAUCAACCUGAAGGCAUUAUUUGCACCUUCAACAACUGGAUCGAUUGUUGGUAUGGUAAUUGGUGCAGUAGCUCCUCUUCAAAAGGUAUUAAUUGGUGAUAAUGCUCCUCUCCAUGUAGUUCAAGACUCUGCAUCCAUGAUUGGUGAUGCAGCAGUUCCUGCUAUCACCUUGUUAAUCGGGGCGAACCUUCUCAAGGGAUUAAAAGGGUCAGGCAUGCAGACUUCACUGAUUGUUGGUGUCAUAAUUGUUCGGUUUAUUGCACUGCCAGCAGUAGGUGUAGGCAUUGUUAAAGGUGCUGUCCAUUUUGGGUGGCUCCAUCCUGAUCCAUUAUAUCAGUUUGUCUUACUGCUUCAAUUUGCUCUUCCACCUGCUGUUGCCAUAAGUACAAUGACACAGUUAUUUGGGGUUGGUGUGGGGGAAUGCUCUGUCAUCAUGCUAGCAACUUAUUCCUGUGCUACAGUUUCACUCACUCUGUGGUGCGCAUUCUUCAUGUGGCUUGUUCUCUGAUAAGCUUUGUUUCAACACCUUUUUUGAAGCUUCAAACAACGCACAUGAAGAUUCUCACGCAUCCUUGUUGCAUCAGUUCCUAUCUUAUGCAGAAGGAGAAGAUGAUGCUACAUUAAUUAGCUUAUAAUGUAACAAUGUAGAGAAAUUUGAAUAAAGCCUUUGCUUGUUGGACGAAGCUAAAGUUAGCCUAUGUAUUUUUUUUUUUUUAAAUAAAAGUUUUGUUAGCUAUAGCUGUUAUUAAUGACUCUGUCUUCGAAUGUUGAAAAUUUUGGACAUUCGGAGGAGAUUCUCUUCAUAUGAACAUUUUAAAUUUCA